AUGGCCGGAUCAUCCUCCCGGACCCCGCCAAUCGACGAGGAGACACCCUUGUUCCAUGACCAUGACCCGGCGGGAUCUGAGUCCCGAGAAGACCAGCCUAUCCUACAGGCCCCGAGCGAGGAGACUUGGACCAUUCCCCGCGGCUUCUUUUGGAUCCAGCUCGCCCUCAUGAGCAAUGUCUUUCUCCAGGCCUUUGAUAGCACUAUCACUGCUGCCACUUACGCCGUCAUCAGCUCCGAAUUUGGCUCUGCCAACACGGCCUCAUGGCUCACGACUUCGUACCUAGUCACCAGCACCGCUGUCCAGCCGUUGUAUGGCCGUGUCUCGGAUAUUUUUGGCCGCAGACUGUGCUUCUUCAUCGCUACUAUCACUUUUGGUCUGGGAUGCCUCGGCUGCGGGUUGGCACGCGAUGUGGUAACCUUGAACUGUAUGCGAGCACUGACUGGGUUUGGGGGUGCCGGAUUGAUGACUAUGGCAACCAUUGUUAAUUCUGAUAUGAUCCCCUUCCGUAGACGGGGCAUGUACCAGGCCAUGCAGAACGGAAUCUGGGGUUUGGGUGGAAUCUCUGGCGCCUCUUUAGGCGGUGCCAUCGCUGACAAGAUAGGCUGGCGCUGGUGUUUCCUCCUCCAAGUCCCAGUCUCUAUUUUUGCCCUUUUUGUGGGAGCUGUUGCCGUCAAGAACCAGGCUGGUAACUUGUUCGAAGACGGGAUCAAGGCUGUUUGGAAGAGGGUCGACUUCACAGGUGCAUUAUUCCUUGUGCUUGCCAUCUCUGUCCAGCUUCUCGGGCUGAGCCUUGGUGGUAACGAGCUCCCCUGGACUAGUCCAUGGGUCAUCGCGCUCUUGAUCAGCAGUGUUGCCUUGUUUGCCAUCUUCUUCUUCAUCGAGGGUCGCACAACUGCUAUUCCCAUUAUCCCUCUACGGAUGCUCAAAGGCCGGUUGCCUGUGGCUACCCAGAUUGCCAACAUCUGUGCAGGGUUGUCCGCAUACGGGGUUAUUUUGAUGGAAUCCGCCACAAAGGCAGGCGCCCGCCUAGCCCUCCCUUCGCUAGCUACCCCUAUCGGUUCCAUCAUUGCCGGAAUCGUCAUGUCGCGCUGGGGCAAGCUCAUCCCACUUGUGCGGACUGGAGCCAGCAUUAUCUGCUUUGGGAGUGCCGUGUUGCUUUCGCUCUCCUUUCAGGAUGCCUCGUGGAAGUACAUAGCUUUCAUCAUCCCUACCAACCUAGGAGUUGGCGUCAUUUACCCGUCCAUUCUCUUCACAACUCUCGCCUCCUUUGAUCAUGCUGGUAAGACCAUGGACAAAAUCACAACCUUACAGCUUAGCGAAUCUGGAACUAAUCCGAAGCUCAUAGACCACGCCGUCUCCGCCUCAACAGUCUACCUCAUCAGAUCCCUGGGAGCUGUCUGGGGCGUUUCUAUAACUUCUGCCAUUGUGCAAACUACGCUCAGCGUCCGCUUGCCGGAUGCUCUGAGCGGGAUCUCUGAUAAAUGGAGAGUUAUCGACGAUAUUCGCCACUCUGUUGAGGCGCUCAAGACCUUACCCCCGGAUGUCCAACUCAAAGCGCGCCUAGUCUAUUUCGACGGCAUACACUAUGCUUUCGCGUCUGUGGUCGUCGCCGGCGCCAUUGCUGUCAUCGCCGCAUUUAUUGCCAGCCCGAAGCAAAUGCGGAGCACUCACUAA